GGAUUCAAAUAAAUAGUCCACAAAUCUGUUAAAACAUAUUCCUGAAGAAUCUUCUCACAAUGAAGGUUCUUUUCAUUGCAGCUCUUUGUGCAACAGCAGUCCUGGCAGUCCCUAAUGGACGCAGACUUCGCCCUGAGGAACACUGGCGUACUUCAAAGCCAAGGGACUUCUCCAAGUUCAAGCCAAGACAUGCCAUGUAUCCCAAGGACACCACUCAGACCACAUGGGAGGAACAUAUGAUCAAGAUGACCAAGGCUGCCAAGGAUCUCAUUGCCCAGCAGAGAAUUGUCAAGCCCUCCAAAUAUGACCUGAUGGCUGAAUGCGGAAUUGAAGGACCCCCGGCUAUGGACAAGAUUGUUGGAGGAGAAGAAGCAGCAGAAAACCAGUGGCCAUGGCAAGUAGCUCUCUUUGUAGAUGAUGCUUGGUUCUGCGGAGGAUCCCUGAUCUCUGAGAACUAUGUUCUGACUGCUGCUCACUGUGUUGAUGGAGCUUCCUACUUUGACAUCAUGGCCGGAGCUCACAAUGUUAGAGAAUCCAGUGAACCUCACAGACAGGAGAUCACCUCUUACAAUGGAUUUACCCACCCCAACUGGGAUUACAACACACUGGCCAAUGACAUUGCUCUCAUUGAGCUCCCAAGUCCAAUUGAAUUCAAUGAUUGGAUUAAGCCCAGCUGCCUGCCUACCAGUGGAGACACUGCUGAUGAGGAAGAGCUUGUCACUGUGACUGGAUGGGGAAAGCCUUCUGACUCUGCUGGUGGAAUUUCCCCAGUCCUCAGAAUGGUCUCUGACCUGCCAAUCAUCUCUAAUUCUGAAUGCAACUCUUACUAUGGAAUUGUUGGAGACGGUAUUGUCUGCAUUGACACCACCGGAGGAAAGGGAUCUUGCAAUGGAGACUCUGGUGGCCCUCUGAUCAUGAAGUCAGGAGCUAAGGCUGCUGGAACUGCAUGGACACAGGUUGGAGUCGUCAGCUUUGGAUCCAGUGCAGGAUGUGAGGUUGGUUACCCCGCAGGAUUCUCCAGGACUGAAUACUACCUUGACUGGAUCAUGUCUAACACUGGCAUGGUGGAUAAAAAGGAACGAGUACUUCACCCUGAAGAGCAAUGGCAUGUUCCUAAGCCAAGAGAUCUCUCAAAGUUUAGACCCCGGCAUACUAUGAACUUGGAAGACAGAACUAGGGGUGCAAAAGAUGUGACUGCAGAGGAGAGAAUUGUCAAGCCCUCCAAAUAUGACCUGAUGGCUGAAUGUGGAAUUGAAGGACCCCCCGCUAUGAACAAGAUUGUUGGAGGAGUAGAAGCAGCAGAAAACCAGUGGCCAUGGCAAAUAGCCCUCUUUAUAGAUGAUGCUUGGUUCUGUGGAGGAUCCCUAAUCUCUGAGAACUAUGUUCUUACAGCUGCUCACUGUGUUGAUGGAGCUUCUUCUUUUGACAUUGUUGCUGGAGCUCAUAAUAUACAGAACUACAGUGAACCUCACAGAGUGGAAAUUACAUCCUUUUAUGGAUUUUCUCACCCUGAUUGGGAUCCCAACACUCUUGCCAAUGACAUUGCUCUAAUUGAGCUACCAAGUCCAAUCGAAUUCAAUGAUUGGAUCAAACCUAGCUGUCUUCCAGCCAUCGGAGGCAUUGCUGAUGAGGGAGAGCUUGUUACAGUGACUGGAUGGGGAAAACCCUCUGAUCCUUCAAGUGGAAUCUCUCCCGUUCUCAGGGUUGUAUUUGAUUUGCCAAUUAUAUCUAACGAUCAAUGUUUUUCUUAUUAUGGCACUGUAGGAGAAGGCUUUGGUUGCUUUGAUACUUCUGAAGGAAAGGGAUCCUGCCAAGGGGACUCUGGAGGGCCUCUGGUCAUGAAAUCUGAGAGUAGGGUUCCAGGCACAAAAUGGAUACAGACACAAUUUCUUGAACAUACAGUUACUCCUGAGAAUCUUCUCAACAUGAAGGUUCUUAUCAUUGCAGCUCUCUGUGCAACAGCAGUACUUGCUGUCCCCAAUGGUCGCAGACUUCGCCCUGAAGAACACUGGCGUACUUCAAAGCCAAGGGACUUCUCCAAGUUCAAACCUAGACAUGCCAUGUACCCCAAGGACACCACUCAGACCACAUGGGAGGAACAUAUGAUCAAGAUGACCAAGGCUGCCAAGGAUCUCAUUGCCCAGCAGAGAAUUGUCAAGCCCUCCAAAUAUGACCUGAUGGCUGAAUGCGGAAUUGAAGGACCCCCGGCUAUGGACAAGAUUGUUGGAGGAGAAGAAGCAGCAGAAAACCAGUGGCCAUGGCAAGUAGCUCUCUUUGUAGAUGAUGCUUGGUUCUGCGGAGGAUCCCUGAUCUCUGAGAACUAUGUUCUGACUGCUGCUCACUGUGUUGAUGGAGCUUCCUACUUUGACAUCAUGGCCGGAGCUCACAAUGUUAGAGCAUCCAGUGAACCUCACAGACAGGAGAUCACCUCUUACAAUGGAUUUACCCACCCCAACUGGGAUUACAACACACUGGCCAAUGAUAUUGCUCUCAUUGAGCUCCCAAGUCCAAUUGAAUUCAAUGAUUGGAUUAAGCCCAGCUGCCUGCCUACCAGUGGAGACACUGCUGAUGAGGAAGAGCUUGUCACUGUGACUGGAUGGGGAAAGCCUUCUGACUCUGCUGGUGGAAUCUCCCCAGUCCUCAGAAUGGUCUCUGACCUGCCAAUCAUCUCUAAUUCUGAAUGCAACUCUUACUAUGGAAUUGUUGGAGACGGUAUUGUCUGCAUUGACACCACCGGAGGAAAGGGAUCUUGCAAUGGAGACUCUGGUGGCCCUCUGAUCAUGAAGUCAGGAGCUAAGGCUGCUGGAACUGCAUGGACACAGGUUGGAGUCGUCAGCUUUGGAUCCAGUGCAGGAUGUGAGGUUGGUUACCCAGCAGGAUUCUCCAGGACUGAAUACUACCUUGACUGGAUCAUGUCUAACACUGGCAUGUAAACUCAUAUAGAAAUAUCAUCUCUUUUAUAA